AUGAAGAUGAGACGCCAUAAGCUCUUUCUGACUCUCUGCAUGGCUGGUCUCUGCCUCAUCUCCUUCUUGCACUUCCUCAAGGCCCUUUCCUAUGUCACCUUCCCCCGGGAGCUGGCUUCGCUUAGUCCCAACCUCGUCUCCAGCUUCUUCUGGAACAAUGCCCCCGUCACACCUCAGGUCAGCCCUGAGCCUGGGGGUACCGAGUUCCUCCGCACACCCCUGUACUCCCAUUCCCCCUUGCUCCAGCCCCUGCCUCCCAGCAGAACCAGCGAAGAGCUGCACAAAGUUGAGUUUGUGCUGCCGGAAGACACAACAGAAUACUUUGUCCGUACCAAAGCUGGCGGCAUUUGCUUUAAACCAGGCACCAAGGUGUUGGAGAAGCCACCUGUGGGAGGGCGGCCAGAGGAGCGAGCGGAUGGUGCAGCCUCGGGGCGGCUGGCUCGCAAGCCCCUGAGUGCCAGUGGGACCAAACGACGCAAGUGGGUGGAGUGCGUGUGCUUGCCAGGCUGGCAUGGCCCCAGCUGCGGGGUCCCCACUGUGGUCCAGUACUCCAACCUGCCCACCAAGGACCGCCUCAUGCCACGGGAGAUCCCCCGGCGGGUCAUCAAUGCUAUCAAUGUCAACCAUGAGUUUGACUUGCUGGAUGUCCGCUUCCACGAGCUGGGAGACGUGGUGGAUGCCUUUGUGGUGUGUGAGUCAAACUUCACAGCCUAUGGAGAACCACGGCCCCUCAAAUUCCGUGAGAUGCUCCUUAACGGCUCCUUUGACUACAUCCGCCACAAGGUGCUCUACGUCUUCCUGGACCACUUCCCCCCAGGUGGCCGCCAGGACGGCUGGAUUGCUGACGAUUACCUGCGCACCUUUCUCACCCGGGAUGGCAUCUCCCGCCUCCGCAACCUGCGCCCAGAUGAUGUCUUCAUCAUUGAUGAUGCUGAUGAGAUCCCGGCCCGUGAUGGUGUGCUCUUCCUCAAGCUCUACGAUGGCUGGACGGAGCCCUUCGCCUUUCACAUGCGCAAGUCGCUCUACGGCUUCUUCUGGAAGCAACCAGGCACCUUGGAAGUGGUCUCGGGCUGCACCAUGGGGAUGCUCCAGGCUGUCUAUGCUACUGACGGGAUCCGUCUGCGACGCCGUGAAUACUAUACCAUGCCUGGCUUUCGGCAGUAUGAGAACAGCACAGGACACAUCCUGGUGCAGUGGUCACUGGGCAGCCCCCUCCACUUUGCUGGCUGGCACUGCUCCUGGUGUUUCACCCCAGAGGGGAUCUACUUCAAACUGGUGUCAGCCCAGAAUGGGGACUUCCCUCGCUGGGGUGACUAUGAGGAUAAACGAGACCUCAAUUAUAUCCGGGAGCUGAUCCGGACUGGUGGCUGGUUUGAUGGUACAACGCAGGAGUAUCCCCCCGCUGACCCCAAGGAGCAGAUGUAUGCUCCCAAGUACCUGCUUAAGAACUACCAGCGGUUCCGCUACUUGUUGGAGAACCCCUACCGAAAAGUGGAGGGCGCUGGGUGACGCCACCAGAGUUCACCUGGGAAAUCAAGAUCUCACAACAAAGGGAAAGAAUCGGAUGUUUUCAU